GCGGAAUUCAAAGCCUGCACUCAACUGAUUAACGAGCUCAUGAAGCACGGCUCGGCAUGGCCUUUCCAGAUGCCCGUUGACCCCGUAGCGGCGGGCGCACCGGAUUACUUCGACGUCAUCAAGCAGCCCAUGGAUCUAUCGACGGUCAACUCGAAACUGAACACGCGGCAAUAUCACGACGUCCAGCAGUUCGCCGAUGACAUUCAGCUGAUGCUCAACAAUUGCUUCAUAUACAACCCACAUAACAACCACGUCCAUCAGCUUGGCAAGUCGCUCGACAGCUUCUUCUCUCUUCAACUCAGCAAGCACUUCCCUACCAUCACAACAACAUCACUUAGCAUCGCUCAGAUGAAAGAAGAAUACGAGUCAAGCGAAGAAGAGGAGGAGGACGAGGAUGAUGAUGUCAACCACCAGAUCACCACGUUAGCUACCUGCCUCCAAUCCAUCAACCAACAGCUCGCGCUCCUCACUGAGAAGAAGAAGGGCAAGCCAACAAUGAAGGCCAAGAGACCCCGCGCCAGCACAUCCUCCCGGGCGGGCAGACCGCCAAAGGCGUCCGCGUCCACACUCAAGAAACGAAGGCAGUCAGCGUCCGCGCCGAAAUCCAAAUCGAUCACUUACGAACAGAAAUCGGAGCUCUCGGUGCUCAUUGGAUCCCUCGGCUACUCGGACAUGACCAACGUCGUCGAGAUCAUCCGUUCGGGCCUGCCUCACCUC